AUGGACGGUCCUAUUGCUAUUGAUCAGGUAGAUCCACAAGGUAACUUUAUCGUCAUCGAGAAUGCCGGUUCAACAGGCAAAGAUCAAGAUAUGAAAGGUUGGACAUUGCGACGUAAAAUUGAUUCAAAAGAUGAUAUUGUCUAUAAAUUUCCGGAUAAUUUUGUACUUAAAUCACGAUCACGUAUUCGUAUUUUAAGUCGUAAUGCAAGUAAAGGUUCAAUUAAUGAAAGAGAAACAUUAGUAGCUGAAGGUGUUCAAACUUGGGGUACAGGUACAAAUAUGGUAACACGACUUAUUGAUAUUAAUGGAGAGGAAAAAGCAGUGUUCAACCAGAAAUUCCAAUAA